AUGGCAUAUGAUUAUGCUUUCGUGCACUUGAAGUUCACUAUUCCUCUGGCAGCGGUCCUCACUGCUCUAGCCUAUCCGUUUCUGAACCGCACUUGUGUAUACAAGAUUUCCAUUCUUGUCUGCAUCGCGGUCCUAUCUACGAUACCCUGGGACUCUUAUCUGAUUCGCACCAACGUCUGGACAUACCCGCCAGACGCCAUCAUUGGCCCACGGUUGUAUGAUAUCCCGGCAGAGGAGGUGUUCUUCUUUGUCAUACAGACGUACAUCACCUCCUUGAUCUAUGUCCUCUUCCAAAAACCCCUCUUGCAUGUCGAGUAUCUCGGGCGAGAUGUUCAGCGACGCGUCAGACGUACCAAGUGGCUCGUCCAGGGCGUCCUAGGACUUGCCGUUGGUACAGGCGCCCUGUGUGUCAGCUUCGGCGCAAAGUACACAUACAUCGGUCUUAUCCUGCUGUGGGCCGCGCCUUUUCUGCUGAUAAGUUGGACCUUUGGAGGGAUCUUCAUACUGAGACUGCCCAGCUGGAGCAUCGCCUUGCCCGUCUUUCUACCUACGGUUUGCCUGUGGAUGGUGGAUGAGCUCGCCCUUGGGAACGGAACGUGGGCGAUUCAGCCUGGCACAAAACUGGGCAUCUGCCUCUGGGGUAGCCUGGAUAUCGAAGAAGCCGUCUUCUUUCUCGCUACCAAUGCCCUGAUAGUGGUCGGAUUGGCUGCUUUCGACUAUGGCCUUGCCAUUCUCGAGGCAUUCCCAGCCCUGUUCCCUCGAGUGCCCGAGUGCUUCUCGCCCAUGCUGCUCAUCAGAGCUUUCAUGGUCCCUGGAAAGGAAUACGACAUGGCGAGGCUCAUGGGGAUCCGAGAUGCAGCUCGACGUCUUCGACACAAGAGCCGCAGCUUUCACAUCGCCAGCAGCGCUUUCCACGGCCGACUGAGAAUUGAUCUGAUGUUGCUAUACUCGUUCUGCCGUAUGGCCGACGACUUGAUAGACAAUGCAGAAACGACGAGUGACCAAGGCAAGUGGCUCGAAAAGCUUCAGAGGUUCCUCGACCUGAGCUGUGAUGACCGGAAGAAGUCACCAAAAGAUCCAAAGGUUCAGAAGUACAUUCAGGAGCAAUUUCCUCGACCAACCUGGUCGGCCCUGUCGCUGCUUCCCACGGAAAAGCUCCCGAGACAGCCCCUGAAUCAGCUCCUGGAAGGCUUUCAGACCGAUGUCGAUGCAGACCGCGACAAGGAACUAGAGUUUCCUAUUAAGGAUGAAAACGCUCUUGACAGGUACUCGGCGUGCGUCGCGAGCACUGUGGGCGAACUUUGCAUGUGCUUGAUCUUCAGCCACGUUGAACAGACUCGUGGCUACCAGAUCAGCAAGAGCGAAAAGUCUCGGCUGCACAAGGCAGCGUGGACAAUGGGCAUCGCCCUCCAGUGCGUCAACAUCGCGCGGGAUAUCCAGGUCGACGCCGAGAUGGGCAGGGUUUACAUCCCGACUACAUGGCUCAAGGAGGAAGGGCUGGCUCCUCGGGAUGUGCUGGAGCACCCUCAAGGACCGGCAAUACAGCGACUACGGACUCGGCUGCUAGACAAAGCGUUUGGAUUGUACCGUGAGGCACGGCCUACUAUGGACCACAUCCCCAAGGAGGCCAGAGCUCCCAUGAUCGCUGCUGUGGAGAGCUAUAUGGAGAUUGGGAGGGUCAUCAGAGAGAGGAAGGACUACACGGUGAAAAGCGCCGGAGCAGGCGGCAUAGCCACGGCAGCCCGCCUCGCCAGGGCAGGCCUGCAGGUCACCGUGCUCGAGAAGAACGAGCACACGGGCGGCCGCUGCAGCACCCUCCGCCACGGCGCCUACCGCUUCGACCAGGGGCCCUCCCUGCUGCUCCUGCCGCGGCUCUUCCGCGAGGCCUUCCACGACCUCGACACCUCGCUCGAGGCCGAGGGGGUCGACCUGCUGCGCUGCCCCGGGGGCGCAAACUACGACGUCUGGUUCCCCGACGGCGACCGCUUCCGCCAGUCGGCCGACCUGGCCCUGACAAAAGCGCAAAUCGAGCGCCUCGAAGGGCCCCAGGGCUUCGAGCGGUACCUGGCCUGGAUGGCCGAGGCGCACCGGCACUACGAGCUGAGCCAGGAGCACGUGCUGCACCGCAACUUCACCUCCGUGCUCGACCUGCUGCGCGUGCGCUUCCUGGCGGCGGCGCUGCGGCUGCACCCCUUCGAGAGCAUCUGGCGCCGCGCGGGGCGGUACUUUGCCACCGAGAAGCUGCGCCGCGUCUUCACCUUCGCCACCAUGUACAUGGGCAUGAGCCCGUUCGACGCGCCGGCCACGUACAGCCUGCUGCAGUACGCGGAGCAGGCCGAGGGCGUGUGGUACCCGCGCGGCGGGUUCCACGAGGUGCUCCGGGCGCUGGCGGGCGUCGGGCAGAGGCUCGGCGCGCGGUACCGGCUGGGCUGCCCCGUGGCGCGGAUCCUGACCGACGGAGGCGGCGGCGACGGCAGCGGAGGCGAGGCCGAGGCGGCGAGGGGCGUCGUGCUCGAGUCCGGCGAGGUCCUGCGCGCGGACGUGGUGGUCGUCAACGCGGACCUGGUCUACGCGUACAGCAACCUGUUCCCGGCGACCGCCGAGACCGAGCCGUACGCCCGGUCGCUGCGGGCGCGCAGGGCGUCGUGCAGCUCGCUGUCCUUCUACUGGAGCCUGUCGGAGAAGGUGCCCGAGCUGUCGACGCACAACAUCUUCCUGGCGGACGAGUACCGCGGCUCCUUCGACGCCAUCUUCCGGCACCGGUCGCUGCCCGCGGAGCCCAGCUUCUACGUCAACGUGCCCAGCCGCGUCGACCCCACCGCCGCGCCCGAGCGCGGCGACGCGGUGAUCGCGCUGGUGCCCGUGGGCCACCUGCGCGGGUCCAGGGGCCGUUUCGAGGAGGACGGAGAGGGGCAGGAGGGCCUGCCGGCGGACGAGGAGGAGGAGGAGUGGGCGAAGCUCGUCGACCGGGCGCGCGAGGCGGUGCUGUCUGUCGUGCGCGAGCGGACGGGCUGCAGGCCCCUGGGGGACCUCAUCCAGCACGAGAUGGUCAACACGCCGCUGACGUGGCAGGACAAGUUCAACCUCGACAAGGGCGCCAUCCUGGGCCUGAGCCACGACUUCUUCAACGUGCUUGCCUUCCGGCCGAGGACCAGGGCCAAGGGGUUGAAGAAUGCCUACUUUGUGGGAGCCAGUACGCACCCUGGUACGGGGGUGCCCAUCGUGUUGGCUGGAGCCAAGAUCACGGCCGAGCAGGUCCUGGAGGAUCUGGGGGUGGAGAUACCAUGGCGGGAGAAGGAGCUGUGCGAACAGGAUCGAGUGGUGGUGCAGGACGGAUCAACGCAUCGACUGGACAAGGUACAAGACCUGUUGUGGACUGUGGAGGAUGUUGUCAUUGUGCUUGGAGGGCUGCUGGUCUCGGGCUUUGUGUUGGCGUACCUGGUUCCGUCGGGGCACGACACCCUGCUCGUCUCUGGAGGAGUGCUGUUGACGGCAUGCACGUUGGCAUAUCUCCUAUCCUCGGAGAGCAGGUUUGGAGGCGAUUGGUGA